AUGCAAGUGGAUACUGGAGCCACUGUUUCUAUAAUAUCAGAGACAUGGUGUAAAACGUUUAUGCCACAUAAGCAACUGGAAGAAACGUUUAUGGAUUUAAGAACAUAUUCAGAAGAAAGAAUUGUGCUGAUAGGUAAGACAGAUGUGGAAGUAAAAUACAAGGAGCAGUCAGUAGUGCUUCCGGUGGUUGUUACUAAAGGAAGUAAGGCAGCGCUGCUGGGGCGAAAUUGGUUGAAAGUUCUUAAAUUAGACUGGGCCAGUCUUUUUCAAAUUAAAAGUCUUGAACCACUGUCACUAAAGGAGGUUUUGGUUAAACACAAAAAGAUAUUUGAAGUAGGGCUAGGGACAAUCAAAAAUUUCAAAGCACAAAUUAAAAUGAAGCCGGAUAUUAGUCCUAAGUUCCAUAAAGCAAGGCCUGUGCCAUAUUCACUUAAACAAGCUGUUGAACUUGAACAGGAUAGAUUAGAGAAGGCUGGAAUAAUUUCUAAAAUUGAAAGCAGCAAUUGGGCUGCCCCAAUCGUAGUGGUACCAAAAGGUGAUCAGUCACUCAGAAUAUGUGGUGACUAUAAAAUUACAGUAAAUCAAAGUAUAGAAGAGGAACAGUACCCACUGCCUACAGCAGAAGAUUUGGUUGCUACUCUUGCUGGGGGUAGGCUGUUUACCAAAUUAGACUUGUCGCAUGCUUACCAACAGUUAGAGCUGGAUGAGAAGUCAAAACAAUACCUGGUGGUCAACACCCAUAAGGGUUUAUACUGCUACAACAGAUUGUCAUAUGGAGUUUCCAGUGCACCUGCCAUUUUUCAGUUGGUAAUGGACCAGAUUUUACAAGGAUUAGAACAUGUCACAUGUUUUCUGGAUGACAUCCUAAUUACUGCUAAAACAGCACAGCAGCAUUUACAGAUUUUGGAUGCAGUGUUGUCAAGGCUGGAACAAUAUGGAAUUAGAGUGAAACAGGCAAAGUGUAGUUUUAUGCAAGAAAGUGUGGAGUAUUUGGGGCACCAAAUUGACAAGGAUGGCUUGCACCCAACAAAAGAAAAGGUGAGUGCCAUCCUUGAAGCUCCUGAACCCAAAAAUAUUGGAGAGCUAAGAUCAUUUUUAGGCCUACUCAAUUAUUAUGGAAGGUUUCUGGCUAGAUUGUCUACAGUAUUACAGCCACUUCAUGAGUUGUUACAAAAUGAUAAGACAUGGGACUGGUCUUCAAAGUGCAAAGCAGCCUUCAAUCAAUGUAAAUAA